CGGAGUUCCUGGACUUCCGGUUGGAGAUACAGGAGCAGUGGAGGUAGCUGAGGUGGGCGCAGAGGCUUCCGGGGUUCCCGGUUUCAGGACGCUGGGCUGGGGAGAUGUUCCGAACAGCCAUCAUGAUGGCUGCCAGCCUGGCCUUGACCUCUGCGGUGGUGGCUCAUGCCUAUUACCUGAAGCACCAGUUCUACCCGACUGUGGUGUACCUGACUAAGUCCAGCCCCAGCAUGGCGGUUCUGUACAUUCAGGCUUUCGUCCUGGUGUUCCUGUUAGGCAAGUUCAUGGGCAAAGUAUUUUUUGGACAGCUGCGAGCAGCGGAAAUGGAGCAUCUGCUUGAGCGGUCAUGGUAUGCAGUGACCGAGACCUGCCUUGCCUUCACAGUCUUCAGGGACGACUUCAGCCCCCGUUUUGUGGCCCUUUUCACACUCCUCCUCUUCCUCAAGUGCUUCCACUGGCUGGCUGAAGACCGGGUGGAUUUUAUGGAGAGGAGUCCAAACAUUUCCUGGCUCUUCCAUUUCCGCAUUGUCUCUCUGAUGUUGCUGUUGGGCAUCCUGGAUUUCUUGUUUGUCAGUCAUGCCUACCACAGUAUACUCACACGGGGAGCCUCUGUUCAGCUGGUCUUUGGCUUUGAGUAUGCUAUCCUCAUGACAAUGGUGCUCACCAUCUUUAUCAAAUACAUCCUGCACUCCAUCGACCUUCAGAGUGAGAAUCCCUGGGACAACAAGGCAGUGUACAUGCUUUACACAGAACUCUUCACAGGUUUCAUCAAGGUGCUGCUGUACAUGGCCUUCAUGACCAUCAUGAUCAAAGUACACACCUUCCCACUUUUUGCCAUCCGGCCUAUGUACCUGGCUAUGAGGCAGUUUAAAAAGGCUGUGACAGAUGCCAUCAUGUCUCGCCGGGCCAUCCGCAACAUGAACACCCUGUACCCUGAUGCCACCCCAGAAGAGCUGCAGGCUAUGGACAAUGUGUGUAUUAUCUGUCGGGAGGAGAUGGUGACAGGUGCGAAGCGCCUGCCUUGCAACCACAUAUUCCACACCAGCUGCCUGCGGUCAUGGUUCCAGCGCCAGCAGACCUGCCCCACAUGCCGGAUGGAUGUCCUCCGUGCCUCUCUCCCUACUCAGUCCCAAACUCCUCCUGAGCAGCAGGAGGCAGGGCAGCAGCCGCCAGCACACCAAACACCACUGAUUCCUCAGCCACCCAAUUUUCCCCAAGGCAUCCUGCCUCCCUUUCCUCCGGGGAUGUUCCCUCUGUGGCCUCCCAUGGGCCCAUUUCCUCCAGUGCCGGGUGCCCAGCCACCCAACAAUGCAGACAAUGCUUCAGCUGCUCCUUCCACAUCAGGAACUCAGCCAACAGCAGGCACUUCACGGCCCAGUGGAGGUUCAGCCUCUGGAUCAGACUCGACUGCCCCACCAGGAACGGUACCUGGUUUCCCAUUCCCUCCACCUUGGAUGGGGAUGCCUUUCCCACCUCUCUUUGGUUUCCCUCCCAUGCCAGUUCCACCCUCAGGGUUUGCAGGGCUGACUGAGGAAGAGCUGCGAGCCAUGGAAGGCCACGAACGGCAGCACUUGGAAGCCCGGCUCCAGUGUCUGCAGAACAUUCACACGCUCCUCGAUGCAGCCAUGUUGCAGAUCAACCAGUAUCUCACUGUCCUGGCCACUAUUGGGACGCCCCGCUCUGCACAGCCACCAAGCACUCCAGCCACGUCAGCAUCACCUCAAGACACUGUCAGUUCAGAGCCCAGCACUGCGGAACCCACCACUUUCCAGCCUGCUGACAGCACUACUUCAGCAGCAGUGGACCCAGAUUCCUCAGGCCAAGCCGCUCCAUCCCUGGUAGCAGGUGCUGAGGGUUUCACAGACCUUUCUGGUCCUGAUCCGGAUGACGAGCACUCUCCUCUGGAGGAGCCUGACACGGCAGAGCUGCGCAGGCGCCGCCUUCAGAAACUGGAACUGUCCUCCUCUGCCCAUUGAUGUCCCUCCUGCCCCUUUCCUGUGAGCCUUGCUCUGUGCCUCAAUUGACAGCUUGACUGAUUUUGUCCCGCCCACUCCCAGCAAACAUGUGACAAAGAGCAGAGGGGAGAGCUGAGAAUGGGGCAGCUCGACUUGCAUCACCAAGUGCCGACAAGAUGUGAGGUCGCUGGGAAUGCCACUUGGCAGGAAUUGGUGUGUGUGUGGGCGGGGGGGGGGGCAGCAUUGGUUCUGCCUCGAUUUUAUAAUUCUAAAAGGUGGGGGAGUAAAUUGCCCAACCCUCCAUACUGACUGGCCCCGAUCCAGUUACCCUCACCAGUAUGGUAAUGCUUCCUGUUCCAAAGUCUUUUUUGGUAUCUAGAUAUCAGCUGGACAGACUCAUAGUUGCAAGAGCAGUGCACUCAUCUUAAGGAAGACCUUCCGUGGGUAUCUGCAUAAUCUGUCUCCUUGCCCGCUCCUCCCCCAUCCAGUUCUCCAGCUUUCUAGUUCUGUAUGGUUUUGUGUAGACUUGUGGCUUUUUCUCCUCUUCUGGGGGGUGCGUGGGGGGGGGAAGCAGCAUUGACAAACCCGGAAGGGGUGUCUGGGAUGCGUGCUCUUCUGGGUGGAGGUAGAAUGCAGGAGGCCUUCUCAGGAUAGCUGAAUGUAGAACCAAGCCACCUUCCCAAGGCCUCACUCCCAUCUACAAAGUCAACUUCCUGGGAUGGGAGCAAGUUGCACAGCAACGACACAGGCUUGGAAUUGUGGCCUGCAGAAUUUGGAUUGACUUUCUGGGCCAGCGCUGAAACUGUAUAGACAGGGAGAGAUCUUUCUGCUCCUGGCUGUAUCUGACCAGGUCAUAAACUUCGGUGUGCCCUCCUUAUUUUCACAGGUUGUGGGAUGGCUUUUCAGUGCAGUAAACUGAAAAGUGACUUGAAUACAUAUUCUUGCGCUUCCUUAUUUGGCUUAAAAAAAUAAUUCUGAUGGUAUGAGGUAAGGCAAGCCAUAGCUGUAGGAGUUCCUGGCAUGUUUCUGAAGGGGGGUUGGGAAGUGAUGUGUGAUCUGGCAGAUAUCUGCCCUGCCCUGCCCACUUCCUUGGCUUCCUCAUCUUCCUGGCUUCAGGAUAGGUCAGGGAUGGUGAAAACCUUAUUGAUGCAACCAUUCGGUCUUAAUGGUGGCUGCUCCUUGAUUCUAGUUCAGAGCAAUUAGCUAUAAAUUGUGGUCAGGAGAAGCCCAGUAGAACUCAGUUGAGAACAUGGUUAAAGUAUAUUCAUGUCCUAUCAGUCCAGUGCAGCUCUGGUAUCUUGUUCUCCAGAAUCAUGCCCACAGUUUCUAAUUUUCCCCUCCACCCCGCCCCCCUUUGAGGGGCGCUUUUUACUAUUUGGCUCUGCCAGCUGCUCUUUGCAAGAGCUUUUCAAUCUAGCUGUUGAAUGCUCAACACAGCAAUGCCCAUUUAAAAUCUGUUGCAGGCUGUAUAAGCCUUUCUUUGGCUCCUGAAGGAGGUGUUGGAAAACUGGAAAACUUUUCAAUGUAUACCAGAAAGAUAAAAGGGAGUGUUGUUAUGCUUUAUUUCCACUUACUAAUGGUGUAUAUGGAGAUUGACUGGGAUCCAAAAGACUAUAUGUGGUGGGAGGGCUUCUGUGCAUAUAAUGAGGCUUCUGCAAGGGUGGGUGGGCUCCAAAGAGACAACUCUGCUAGCUGACAGACUGCUCACAAGAUAGUAGAAGAAACUACUUGUGAGAAUCCCCUUGGAAGCCCCAAUGCAUGUUCAGAAGUAUUCGCUAAGAGUAUCAUCAGCCUGUGUGACUUUUAAGUCUCUAGUUUUGACGGGCUGAAGGUAUUUAUGGAAGGAAUUAGGACACUUCCUGGGAAGGGGGGGAGCUUUGAGCACUGGAGCCAAUAGUGUUUUCUGACUUUGGAUUGUCCAGGUGGGUGGGGUUGCCUGACCCACUUGUGAGGUCCCUAUAUCGCACAGCAUCUUCCCAUGUUACUAGUUAAACACUGUAUUGUUCCAGAAAGUGGGAACUUGUUCCCUAGACCCCACUGUGUCCCCAUUUCAGGUGCUCCUGCUUUAAGGCUUAGGUUCUUAGGUAUAGAUCAGAUCUGGUUUUUUUAAAGCCUUGGGGCUUUUCCUGUGGGGAGGAGUAGCAGUUUCAAGAGUAGGUUGCUGAACUCUCAAAUGCAGUAUUAAAAUUGGCUUUCUGGCAGAGUAGUGAGUAUUUUAGACUCAUCUAACUUCCUGAGCUGUCACUUUGCUCCUUGUAGCCUAGCUUUUCUGUUUUUGUGUUCAGAAGGAGCAUGGCCAGGGAUAGUUCAAAGUAUUGAUUUAAAUAAGACUUCAGUCAAGUCUUCUGAUGACUUAAUUUUUCUUGGUAAUGAACAGAGAGACUUCAGUCUGGAUAUGGUGGCUUUCUUUAUCCACCUGCCUGCAGUGGGGCUGAGAUGAAUUUAUAACGUUUUUGGACAGGAAGCAGUUGGCAGUCAUGGCUAGCCUGUCUCUGAAGCAAAGCUGCUCCUGUAAUAAUGUAAUACACAACUGACUACAUUCAGGUCUUUCUGCCAGCAAGUUGAUUGAGAAACAAAAACAAAGUGAACUUUUUUCUGUCCAAAACCACUGACCGCACUGUAAGCCUAAAUCUGAGAAGUGACAUGCAGACCUUUCUAUGCUUAGCAAGUGUAUUGUGACAAACAGUAUAGUUGAUUAUUGAACAUUCUUUGGGGUGCUUUAAGUUUGCCAGCUGAAACAGUUGAAAUGUAAGUACCAAGGUAAGAAACUUGGAUGGUUUGGCAAAGCAAAUGUGCACACCGGGCCCUCCAGGUGUGUCUGCCUUUGACAAAAAAACAACAAUGUAUACAAAAUAUCCCUAAUUGCAUACAUAUCAGAAGACUGCAGCUGACACUGAAUGGACUCUGCUUAAUGGGAGUGCAGUGCAAGUGUGUGGGGUGGGUAGGUAGGUAGGAGGCUUGCCACUGAUGGACUGCGAUGGCAGUGAUUUGUUUGUGAAAGUUGUUUCUGCCUCCUCAUUGUGUUCCUCACUCCUCUGAAUCCUGAUAUGCUCGAGGAAAGUAUAUUUCAAGAUUGUUGGGAAGGGACGGGGGGGACGAUUCGAUAUCUGCACACCUCCUACCUCGUGGAGAGCAGGCAAAACUGGGCUCUUCUGGUAUACCGAACUGAAUUUGUGCCAGGAAUGUAACUUCAAAUCACAAGCUGCUUCUUGCUGGAGAGUGGCAGUUGGGGUAAGUUUGCUAGGUUUGAGAAGAAGACCUGAUAGGGAAGUGAGGCAGAACAGGGCUCAGAAGACAACCAUCUCAUAUUAUUUUGAAGCAAGGGAGCUGGCUGCCUUGCUGUUGGAAGUGCAGUGCAAUUUAUUUAUGUCUAUCUUCUAGCUUAAAUCUUGAAAGGCAAACUUUAGAUGAGGGGAGAGCAAAACUCUCGUCAAUGAGAGGCAACUGAUGAACAUGUGUGGACUUAGUUUUACGAGCCAAAAGAUCUACAAGAAAACUCGGUGUGGAGGAUGGGUGGUUGACUAGGGAUGUGCAGUGUCUUGCUAGUGGGUUUUCUGUACAGCAGCUGCAACCAGUCUGCCCCUUAAGGUUUCAUUCAAAUUAGAAGAUACCUUUUCCACAGGGAGACUUUAGAAAGCCUACAAGGCUGUUUGGAAACUUGUUGCUGGCUUCUAAUGACCACACAUGUACCUUUGUUUCAUUCUCAUCCAUUCCUUAAAAAAAAAUUGAGUUUAUGCAGUUUUAUUUUAGACCUAAGUGGCCUUUUCGCUCUUCCAAAGGAGCGUGAUUAAAAGUGGUCCCUUUACAACUGGCUGAUUCUUUCUUAUCCCUCUGCCUGUAAUAUUUCAUACUUUUUUACUGCAUGCAUUUCUGUAAAGCUCUCUGUCCCUUUUAAAGUUAAUCUACAUUCUGGCUCAUUAGCUAAUGGAAAUUGUGGCAAUAAAGGAGGCAAGAAUGUGACCCCAGACUACUGUCAUUUGGUUUCUUCUUCUGACACAUCUUUUCAGCGUGGAAGAAUUUCUGUGUUUUAAAAACUAUUGCUCUGUCUUGCACAUGGGAAACGCCAAGCUAGAAUUUUUGGUUACAGGUCAAGCCCAUAACUCGUCCCAUUUUUAAAGUUAAAAAAAUGCUGAUUUGAACUUUUACCAGCAGGGCACAUGGAACUGUUCCAGGAGUUCUGUUUCCUGUCUUCAGACUUAUAACAUCACAAGUGUUUGGUACAGGGUUUAUUGAACGCCAUCACAAUUGUGUGUGAUUGUAAAAGGAGCUGAUUUGGAAGGUGAAAGCCCAUAGCAAAACAAUGUUUGGCCUCUACCUUUGCAGCUUUUGUUCAGCUGUGUUACAUGUGGAGGUGAAGGAAGUUUGGAUAACUAUUUAAUUUUUGUAAAUACUGUAUAAUUUUUAAUAGCUUGAAUUGUGUAUAUACACAGCAAAUAAAAUUGCAUUGAAU